UGUAUUGAGAACGGAUCGAGAGGGGGUGAAAAGAAAAGGUCCUCCGAAAGCUUUCCCUUCUUUAUUCUGGAUCGCAAGAAACUCGAUUUGAAAUACAUCGAUCGAUCUCUCGAAAACUCGUUUCUAAAAGUGAACGAUUUUAUCGAUCGAUUCAACGAAAAGAUUAUAAUCUUUGAUUUUCGAUUCUCGUAUAUAAUAGAACAGUUACAGUUGAAUUUGCGUUUUAUAUAUAUAUAUUUUUUUUUAAUUUUUUCUUACCUUUCUCUCUUGGUGGCAUUUAAAGAAUAAAAAAAAAAGUAACAAAAAUUCGUUUGAAAAAGGAUGAAUUUUUUGAUGGAAGUAUCGACGAACCUUCGUGAUUAGGGGUGAUCGUUUAAUGUCGAGACUCGACGAAGACGAGAACGACGAGGUCGGAUGACGAGGACAACGCUGGUGAUCCGAUCGAAGUGAUUUUAUCAGGAUGCAAACAGGCUUGGCGGAUGUACUGAGAAGUCUAAAAUAAAUCAUAUUUUAUUAAAAUCAAAAGAUGACGAAGAAGAGGACGAACCACGAUAUCACGAUUCGUGGAUUCUCUCAUUGUCCUACGUUAAAUGUCUCCAAGAAACCGAUGAGAACUGCAGUGGACAAUAACUUACGAGGACUUGAAAGACGAACGAAGAUUCUUACUUUGGAAGAUACGAAGAAGAAAUUAUCGUGAGAUCGCAAGGAAUGAAAUGGUUCAAAAGAAAGUAUGUCAAAGUAUUGCGUCAAGAUAAGUCUGAUUCGUGCCUUUAGUGUUUAGUCACUGUGAUGGUAUAAUCGAAAUUUAUCGAAAGAAAAUUUACCGUACAUUUGGAAGACUGAAUAAAUGUAAACGAAAAGCGAUGAGAGGAUUAGCUGUGUUGGCCGCGGUGCAGAUGGCCCAAAAUCACUCGAACAACAUAGUUAACGGUGGCGACGAAAGCAAAACGUCGAUCGAAUCGGAUCGUUCGAAUAUUUUGGGAUACAAUAUUUCAUCGAACAGUGGUAGUACAGAGAAGAACGGUCACUUCGAAACUGACUUGCACGGUCACGUAAACAUUUUACUCGGAGGAGCUAUGCUUAGCGGAGUGAUCAUGGUACUGAUAGUAAUAUGUUAUUGCUGUCAUAAAAAUAUGAAAAAGUAUCGACCUCAGGAAUAUUCUCAUUAUUGGAGACCCGAGCCCGAUGUCCAUAGUCUCGAAGUAUUCACUAUGGAUUCUCAUAUCACGUGCCCGGAGCGAGUAACAAUGACGAACCCGGAAGAUGGAACCCAAGCUGCUCUUCCUUGUCCGUUGACACCAGGCCCACCUCCUGCUUACGAGAGUCUCAUUUUCGAUCCGCAAAGUCUGCCAUUCUCCAGCGAGAAAAAGGAUACCACGGAAGUUCCAACGAACGAGUCGACGAUGAACGAAGACAGUUCUACUAUAAAUUCGGAAACAAGUCAACCGAAGAAGGAAGAAAAUCCGAAAGAUGACAAAGAUCUACCUUCCUACGAGGCUGCUUUGAAAUUGGAAGCUGAUGGAUACGUCUAAAGACAUUUAUUUCUGGUUGAGAGUGACACGGUGAAAGUGCCUGCCUCCAUCAUCUUUUCUUCGAUCGUAAAAGUCGACAAGAGUUUUCUCGCUCGUUUAAAGAAGGAAAAAAGAAAAAAAAAGGAUAACGUCGAGGUGGAUCCACAAAUCGAAAUGCUCUUUUAGAUCAUAAGGAUUCUAUUCUAUUAACUAUUGUUCUUUGAGAACAAUCAAAAGCUCGAUAUCCAAUCGCUGAAAAUAAAUCAAGAAAAAAAGACAGUAAAUUAGCUUCGAAUCUUGAUUACUCUAAUAACAUGUAAACGAUGUUUCGUAAGCAAAAAAUUAAGACUAUAAAAAAUUAAACUACUUACAUAUAAUCGUAUAUCUAUAUCUAUCUAUAAAAUAUUUAAUGUGGUGAAAGUGUCAACGAAUCAAUGAGAGAGUACAGAUGAUUAAUAUCAAAUAAACAAAUAAUCGUAAGAAUUAAAAGCUAUCAAAAAAGAUCUCAAAAACGUUAUAAAUCAAUAAAAGUAUAUAUGUAAGCAUUAUAAGUAGAUACAUUAUUAAGAAAAGAUUCUUAUAUAUAUAUAUAUAUAUAUAUAUAUAUAUAUAUAUGUGUGUGUGUGUGUAUCUUUGGAUUUUACGAAACAUAAAUCAUAGAAGAAAAAACCACAAUUAGGCAUAUGAAUCAUGCUCAGUUAUAAACGAUAAAACAUGAAUAGUAUUACACGUUAUCGGAUAUAUUGCAAUAAAUUUACAAAAGCGUGUAUUGUAUACUUUACUUAAGAUUAAAUUCCUGCCAACGAUAAAAUCCUAUACACACUCUAAUAAACAAAAUAUUCGUUAUCAAAACACUCUGACUAAAACAAAAAAGAAAAGAAAAAAGGGGAAAGAGAGAAAAGAGAGAAAGAGAGAGAAAGAUUCAUCACGUAUAUACAUAUGCGAAUAAAAACCAUAUUAUCUCUCGAAAAAAUUACUACUACGCAUAUUUCUCUACUGAUACUACACACACACGCACGCACGCACACAGGACAUUUCGAUCUAAAUUUUACCUUAAUAUUAAAUCAAAUAAAUAAUGCUGGAUAAAAGUUAAACGAAGGAGGAAGCAAAACAAAAAAUUAUUAUUCAUUCAUGCUUCAGGUAGGACCAAUCACAUUGAAAUGUAUAAUAUCAUCUUAUUAUAAGAAUAAUUUAAAUUCUAUAUCAAAUAUAAACUUAAAUCUUCGAACUUACGGUAUUCCAUCAUGAAACAAAUAAGUUUCAUAUCAUGAUGUUUGUAUCGGAUGCCCCACAAAAGUUAUCGCAUUUUCACGCUCAUCCCUGAAAUAAUGUUUAUAAAAAUCUUACUUUUUUCUUACCGAAGAGUGUACUCGUAAAAUCGACAAAUAAAUUAUAGUAACAUUUUAAUCGAAUAAAUAUCCAUGAGUUAUA